AUGAAGAUCUAUUACAUCGGUGUCCUGCGUAAUACAGGUGAAAAAUCACUAGAACUCACAGAGAAAAAGGAUUUAUCACAAUUUGGUUUCUUUGAAAGGAGUAGUGUUGCCCAGUUUAUGACUUUUUUCGCAGAAACAGUUUCCUUAAGAACUGGUGCUGGUCAAAGACAAAGUGUAGAGGAAGGUAACUACAUUGGACAUGUUUACGCACGUUCUGAAGGUAUAUGUGGUGUUAUCGUUACUGAUAAAGAUUAUCCUGUAAGACCUGCCUAUACGCUUUUGAACAAACUACUAGAAGAUUACUUAAUACAACAUCCACCUAGUCAAUGGCAAAAUAUUACUGAAACUAAUGCAAGUUUACAAAUGACAGAUUUAAACGAUAUGAUCAGCAGGUACCAAGAUCCUAGUCAAGCUGAUGCGAUUAUGAGAGUUCAGCAAGAACUAGAUGAGACCAAAAUCGUUUUGCACAAUACCAUUGACAGCGUUCUACAAAGAGGUGAAAAGCUUGAUAAUCUGGUGGAUAAAUCUGAAACUUUGAAUACAUCUUCAAAAAUGUUUUACAAGCAGGCAAAGAAGAGCAAUUCGUGUUGUAUCAUCAUUUGA